GUCCCUGGCUUGGCAGUAGUCAUUGUAGGAAAUAGGAAGGAUUCUCAAAGUUAUGUGAAUAUGAAGAGAAAAUCUUGUGCUGAACUUGGCAUUCAAUCUUUUGACAUAGAUCUCCCAGAGGACGUAGCUGAAGAUGAAUUGAUUAGCAAGGUCCACGAGCUGAAUGCUAAUCGUGAUGUACAUGGUAUAUUGGUACAGCUUCCGUUACCAAAACAUGUUAAUGAAGAGAGAGUUCUAGGUGAAAUCAGUCUAGAAAAGGAUGUAGAUGGCUUUCAUCCUCUGAAUAUUGGCAAGCUUGCAAUGAAAG